AUGCAACACGGCUCGCUCGCGCCAAACGAAGAGCCCGACUCGCUGGAGCAAAGCUACUCUGCCUUGGCAGAGACGGAAGAUAUGGCAGCGCCGUUCAUAACAGGUCUAUCGGAAGCGGCGCAGUCGAUUGCGUCGCCAGCGCGCGGGUCGCCUUCUGACGCACUGUCCAACGCAAGCUCGUGCGCAGCGUUGCCCCGGUCGCCCGCAUCGCCCGUGCCUACAGAGCCGGGCGAUGCUUCAAAAACACGUUCGGUGUCGCUGCAACGCCACCGCGCCAUUUAUCGAUCUCGCGCGGCGUCGGGGCUAUCAGACUCGUCCGCACACAGCCUGCGCCUUGGCCGGAAAAGCCCCGGGAGCACGACAAACGACUCACAUACGCCGACAUCCGGGCUGGAUAGCCCGGUGCGGGCACAGAGUACCUGGCGUAACCGGCGCCCGGAUAUGCUGGACGACAUCGAUACGCAGGGAUUAGGCAUUGCGGCGCUGCGUGCACAGGCAGCGGACUCUGAGCGGGUCGGCCUGGGUUCGCCGAUGCUCAACAUGUGCGCGACGCCGUCGUCUGCAUCCGAGUCGGAGGUGAGUAUCGAUGUGCUUGCAGAGUAUGCACAGACACCCGACUCGACAGUAUUCCAGCACACUUCCUUCGAUGCACGCACUCUCUCCUCGCCCGUGCCGCACUCUGCAGCCUUGCAGGCGGGUACGGCCGAGCAGGACGACGCGAGUGGUAAGCGGCCCAUGUCUAUGCAAGCGUCGUGGGGUGUGCACCUGGAGCAGGAUGCGGUGCCGGGUCCUAGCAGUGUCGGAACCCCUGUCGACGCAUCUGAAGCGCGCACAUUGCUGGGCGGUGUGCGCGCCAGUGCUGUGACUAUAGGGGACGUGAGUGCUGGCGCAACGAGUGCUGGGGCGCACACCGGCGGCACACCGUCUCCCAACGCUUUCUUUACGCCCGAGCGCCCUCCCAAGGAUGCGCACGUCGCUCGACCCGCUUCGAAUGUGCUUGCCUCCGAAAAUAUGUCUCCUCCCACCACGCCCUUCCUUGCAUCCUCUCCCUCCGCAGCUGAAACAGAGCUCGGCACCCCAGCGCCUGUGAAGCUUUAUGAACACCGCGUACACACACCAGCAAGCACCUCGCGACCCGCAUCGCCAUCCGAGGCAUCGUCGCAAUCCGCGUACACUUCCGACGACGAGUCCGAUUUUUCUCGGCGUUCUGCACCGAGCGAGAUAGAUUUGCUGUCUCGAGACACGUCGCCUUUGCCGUCUCUUCACGAGCGGCAAUCAAACGCACUGCCACGCUCCGAGAGCACCUUUACCAGUCCUCUACAAGAUUUGACCGAUACGUUUGCCUCGGCCAUGGCCGAUCUGGGCCUGGACGAAAUGCCUUUGGACGAUCCCCAUGCUGGCGCGCCGAUGCCUGCGCUGGACAAUGUCCAGGUGCUGUACCGCGCCGCCGACGGCCCAUCCAGUCUCGCCUCGCUCCUGCCGCCCACCGAUGCAGCAUUGCCGCCAAGCAUCCAGCAAACGCCCCCGCCAAGCCGCGCACCUCGGCCAGGGCCCCAAACGCCAGAGCCACCGCUCGUGCAGGGGCCCAGGAUUGAAGUGUAUGGCCAAACAGUAUGGUGGCCGCUCAGCUUCGAUCCCUCGGCAAACUUGAAUUGGGACUCGGUCUCGCUCCAGCAGCGCGCGCAUUUAUUUGCGAAUGCGUCACAGGACUUGCUAGAUUGCGAUACGCACCUCGGCGCAUGGAUCGGUGCGAUACGCAAGCAGGAGUACAAAGCGCCCGAAGCGCUAAUGCAACACUUGCAGGCCGAGCAGCUCGCACGCCUCGCCACGUCCAUAUCGCCGGCCACGGACACCGAGCUCCAUGCCGCAGAAAAGCCAGCGCUGCCGCUGCCGGCUAAUAUUCCUUAUCCCCUCCUUGCCAAAGUACACAAGGCACAGCACGAAGGCGGUCAUGCGCCCGUUUCGCCCGCCAUUGCCCAGCCAACACACGCAGGCAUCAGCUUGUCUGCAGCACGCGAUACUGUGCGCCACGACGCACAAACAGCGAUGCGCGGCGCAGCAGGCGCAGCAGGCUACGGCUGGAUGCGUAUCCAAGAAGCCAUUCCGCGCGUGCCCGCUGCGCCUUCUUUCUUGGGCACACUGGCACGGCGCAGCACCAAAAAAACACGCGACACUUCGUCCCUCUUUACACCACUCGCGCAAACGCCGCUUGCACAGACGCCACGCGCACGCACCCAGCUGCAGGCCCCGCAAGAGGUACCGCUGGCACGCGCGCCAAAGACGUCUGCAGCCGACGCAGGGCCGACGCAUGGGCUUGGCAUCCCAGGCGUCGGCACGAGUAUGGGACUGCCGACACCCGAGCUCGGCUCGCCGCGCCGUGUGCAGUCUUUGCCGCAGCCGCAUACGGACCCUGACUUUGACGCAGCGCUGCGCCGUAUGCUUGACGCCGUUCCCGAGAUGAAUGAAUCGAUCGCGCGCAUGUACCUUUCGCGCGCAAAGAACGACGAUGUGCGCGCGACGAGCGACUAUCUGCACGACCACGCGCGCCGCGACGAGACACAGCGCCGCGGUUUUUUUUCACGCACGCCCCGCCUUCGUUAA